AUGGCAACUCUCUUCCCUCGGCUUGCUCGUCGUCGAGUAGCGGUCCCCGUCCCAGCCUUUCGAUGGACACUCACAGCUGCUCUCGCUCGACAGGGAAGCUUCGCACCCUCAUGCUGCUCCAACGAGAACAAGAUCCUCCAUGAUCGUCUCACUGCCUUCUACAUAUCUCAAGGCGAUCCCGCUCAAAGCGCUGCCGAAGUGGCGUCCGAGGAAAUACACUGGCUACGGAAACGCGCAUACGCUCUGGCUCAGGCCUCCUCGGACCCGUCCAAAGACCCGGAUCAGGAGCAGCGACGAGGGCACUCCAAUUUUCAACACAUGGUCGACCAGCUCGUACGAGAGCACAAACCGCUGGCUUAUAUACUAGGCGAGUCAAUGGUGGUCGCCACCACUUGUUUCGGCUCAUGCUCAUGCUGACUACUUUCCUCCUUCCUAAGCAGGCGAUCAACCUUUUCACCCCCUCCGAGUCCCACUCAAGGUCCAACCGCCCUUGCUCAUCCCUCGACCCGAGACCGAGUACUGGGUCAACCAACUCGCAACCUUACUCCCCAGCAAUUUGCCUUUCGGCGAUACCCCCUACCGCCUCCUCGACAUCGGAACAGGUACAGGCUGCAUACCCCUCGCACUCGUGCAAGCCCUCCUCGAUCGACCCCAAACCUCCGGCUCAAGCCCUGUCCUUUCUCCACCCCUCCAAGCCCUCGGCGUCGAUCGAUCCCCACUCUCCAUCUCAUGCGCGACCCAUAACGCCAAGAUCAACGACCUUUCCGCACAUUGUCAUUUCACCCUCCUGGACCUCUUCGACCCCUCCACGCUCGAAAAACUCUCCCCACCUUUCCAUCUGAUCGUCUCGAACCCCCCUUACAUCCCCCUUAAAGAAUGGGCCAACUUGGCCCCGACCGUCAAAGAUUGGGAGGACGAGAAAGCCCUCGUCGCUGGAGAGGACGGUUUGGUGUUUUACAGCAGGAUCGUGGAACUCUUGCCCCAAUUGUUGCACCAGGAUGGGGGGAUGGUCGCUUUGGAAGUGGGUAAGGGGCAGGCUCCCAUCGUGCGCGAGAUGUUGGAAGAUUUGGGGAUGAAGGUGGAGGUCAUCGUGGAUCAGUGGGGUGUCGAGAGGUGUGUCGUAGGUUCCUCGAUCGGGACAAAGUCUGAUCGCUAG